AGACGUUUAGUCACUUUCCAACGUCUACUGCUACAACUGCUAUACGUGCCCCCUUGUCAUUUAUAGUCGAAAACAUCCAUCCUUGAUCUCCUGAUAUCGUGACGUUUCAAUGCGGUGUUUUGAAAACAUUUCUCCACAUGGCUUUUUGACAGCACAAGGAUGCGUUGCGGCUGCUCUCCUUUCUCUCUUGUAUUUUUCGUGCCAUCAACUAUGGAGCUACAACUUUCUGCUGCGCAACGAGUCCCAUCAGACGCACUUGGUCUUAUAUUCGAUUUCAUCGAGUAUGGCAGACGGUUGAAGGAUGGGUGGGAAAAGCUGGAGUCAGAAAAGGGUGGUCGGCGGUACCGCGUCGCUUCUUUCGGAUUGCACAAGUUUGCCACGCAUGGAGAGUUGUCGCUUUGCCAUAUUUCUACCAGAACACCGAGACCCUUCUUAACCCCAUCUUCCAUGCAGCCGAUUCAGAACCAAAACUCAUCUACCCAAAUCUCUCUAUGGCAGCUACUGCCGGACAAAGCCUAUCAGUUCGUUCCGCACACCUCCUGCCUGUCGCUUGAUCACAUUGCCAGCGGUGCCUCCAUCCGCCUGCUAAAUACCGGUGUCCCUCCCACAGUGGCAUUCCCAAAUGCGUCUGAGCUCAAACUUUCUUUUUACAGCAGCAACGACUUUGACCGUGCUGACUACUCUGUACAAGCCGCGGCUUUUACUGAGCGCAUCUGCCAGCUGUUUCCCAAGGCACAUGAUGUCUCGUUCAUUGUCUGCUCAUGGCUGUGGAAUGGCUCAGAGGAUGUAUGGAGAAGCCUCAUGCAUAGCAUUGUCCCUACACCGAGAACACUUAUCUGUUACAAACUUUUAAAUGAGUCCACUACCCUUCGAGAUGGCAUCAGCAACGGGGUUCGGCGCUUAUAUCUCGGACACAAACGGAGGUACAGGACUACUACCCAAUUGUUCAUUCGAAUAGGGGCACUAUCGAGGAGCUUGUACUUCGGGUUGCUGUGGACCAUUCGCACACUGCUCAUAGGUGGGACAUGCCUGUCAACCAGGAUCCACUAUUCAGCUACAAAUAUCCCAAAACUUGCCAGACUAUCCAUAGAGACACGCGGUGACGCCAGAAAACUCUUUACAAGAUCAGCCACCAACCGGUUCCCAUCUCUAACUAGUCUCUCCCUUCUCACAUUCUGUGAGGUUGACAUCGGAUCUUUAGUCGGGGAUCGAGGUGAAACACUGACAUCACUUACGAUGUAUCUCACUGAGUCUCUGGUUCAAUCGCUUCGGGGUCGCCUGUUCCCUAGCCUUGCGUGUGUUCGGCAUUUUGGGGAGCAUACUGCAUGUAUUUAUUGUCAACGACAAUGAAGCUCUAGCAAGAGCUGCAAUGGAAGUGGUACAACUGCCAUUUUUGAUAGCGCCUAAUGCCAAAAUGAUCGAGAACUAUGUCGUUUCUGGCCUGCCCAAUCUUUCGCACUCAUCCAUGUUCCCGGAAUAAUCACCCACACCCACGGCUUCAAUAUCUGGUUCUUUGCCGGCUUUCUCUUUCCCUCAGCCAGUUCCACCAGAUUUUGGUCUGCCUACCAGGGCUCACAAGAGUCAGACUCCGCAGUGUCGUAUCUGACAACGGCGCCAGCUAUGAGUAUUCUGACGACGAGAUCCGUACUCUGUUAGCUGGCCUCCCAGUCA